AUGACAGACGCAAGACCCCUGCCAUUUAUCUACCAAUUCGCCGCUGGUGCGGUUGCUGGCAUUUCAGAAAUCUUGGUGAUGUAUCCACUGGAUGUCGUCAAGACCAGAAUGCAGCUACAAGUGGCCGGUGGAGUCGGUCCACAGUACAACGGUGUCGUGAACUGCCUUAAACAAAUUGUCGCCAAGGAGGGUGCGUCGAGAUUGUACAAGGGGAUCUCGUCGCCAGUGUUGAUGGAAGCGCCAAAAAGAGCAACCAAAUUUGCCUGUAACGACGAGUUCCAGAAAAUCUACAAGCGCGAGUUUGGGGUUGAAAAGCUGACACAAUCUCUCAGUAUCCUAAGUGGUGCGUCCGCAGGAUGCUGCGAGGCGUUUGUUGUGGUGCCAUUCGAACUUGUUAAGAUUCGUUUACAAGACGUUUCGUCGAAAUACAACGGCCCUGUGGACGUGGUGAAGAGAAUCAUUGCCCAAGAAGGUGUCCUUGCCAUGUACAAUGGCCUGGAGUCCACACUGUGGCGUCACGGUGUGUGGAACGCAGGUUAUUUUGGUAUCAUCUUCCAAGUUAGAUCUCUAUUGCCCCAAGCGCAAUCCAAGUCACAACAGACAGGCAACGACUUGAUCGCCGGUACGAUCGGUGGUACAAUCGGCUCUUUGAUGAGCACGCCUUUCGAUGUUGUUAAGUCACGUGUUCAGAAUACUGCUGUGGUUGCCGGUCAGGCUAGAAAGUACAACUGGUCUUGGCCUUCCAUCUUCACUAUCUACAGAGAAGAGGGCUUCAGCGCGCUGUACAAGGGUUUCGUGCCUAAGGUUUUGAGGCUCGGCCCCGGCGGUGGUAUUCUGCUGGUGGUGUUCACUGGUAUGAUGGACUUCUUCAGAACGGUCCACUACAAAUAA